AUGGCUCUCGAGCAGCUCUCAACGAACAAGGUCUUCGACGGCCAGCUUGUCAAGUACAGGUUCAAGUCUGCCGCACUGGGCGGGCUCAACGCGCAGUUCAACCUCUUCGUUCCGGCGAACGCGAGCGAGGCGAACAAGGUGCCCCUGUUGACCUACCUCUCCGGCCUGACAUGCACGGAAGACAACGCGGCGCAGAAGGGCAACUUCUUCGGCGCCGCGGCGAAAGAGGGCAUCGCGAUCCUCUUCCCGGACACUUCUCCGCGCGGCGCGGGGAUUGAGGGCGAGACGGACAGCUGGGACUUCGGUGUCGGCGCGGGCUUCUACGUGAACGCGACGCACCCCAAGUGGUCGAAGCACUACAACAUGCUCACGCACGUAACGAUCGAGCUCCCCCAGGUCCUCGAGGCCGCCGCGCUCCCGCUUGACUUCAGCCGCCAGUCCAUCUUCGGGCACUCGAUGGGCGGCCACGGGGCGCUGACGCUCUAUCUCAACUCCAUCCUGAGUGGCGUCAAGCAGUACCGCUCCGUCUCCGCGUUCGCGCCCAUCGCGAACCCGAUCAACUGCCCGUGGGGCCAGAAGGCGUUCAACGGGUACCUGCAGGGCGGCAUUGAGGAGGCCAAGGACAAGUACGACGCGACGGAGCUCAUCAAGAAGCUCAACAAGGCGCCGGUGCACAUCCUCGUCGACUACGGCACCGCGGACAACUUUUAUAAGAGCGGCCAGCUGCUCCCGGAGAACUUCUUGAAGGCUGCGCGCGACGCCGGCUAUGACGAGGUGCAAGUCCGUGUACGAUCGCAGGACGGCUAUGACCACAGCUACUACUUUAUGUCGACCUUCGGAGCAGACCAUGUUCACUUCCACGCCAACUUCCUGAAGGCAUGA